UCUCUUCCCCUUUCCUUCUUCGCCGACCCCCUAUCCAUCAUUUGCCAUCUACUAUCUUCGGCUUUUUCCAAAUCCAGGGACCCAUGCAAUCUUUUUGAUGAUGCAAGCUCCUGUACCCCAAUGGCAACAGGGUCUACUGUGUCUUCGCUCCCUUCUUCUUCCCGUCUAGUGACGCCGCAAGUCUCGUGAUCUUAUUAUUUGCAACACACCGUUCAACAUGCUGCGCCGAACCUUGCGCAGUUUCUCGCUUGAUGCCGGUCGUUCAUCGCUGGAGGGAGCUCACGACCAGGCAUAUCAACAAAGGCGAGAUGAUCUGAUCGAAGAGCUUCGUACGCGAUUGAAAGAUAGAAUGGAGAAGCGCGGAAGCAGUUUGGAAAAGUUCAUUUCGCGCGGGAGCUUGCAGGAUAUCUGGUCCGAGGAUCGCCUACAAGGAUUCAUCGACCUUUUGGCCCCGGGAUUCAACAAGAACUCGAUACCCGAUAUUCGAGGGCACUACAUUCAGACGCUUUCGAUUCUAGUGUGGAUCCGUUGGUCCGAUUGGUCACGGUUUGGAUCCGUAUUCUUCAGGCAGGGUCGCGCAGAUUGCAAUAUCCCCACAUACACUUUGGAGAUCUUGGAAGAACCGAGCUUUCUUGGCCCGCAGUGGGCGGACAGCUUUUUCGCCGAACAGUAUGUCUUUUGUCCGGUUGAUAUCGUGGAAGGGGAAAACAUUGUGCAAUCCGAGGAGUGGAGGCUUCCAUUUCUUGAUGGUGCUGGGCGACCUAGGUCCGGGGGGUUUGGCGAGGUGGUCAAGGAAUCGAUCGCCAGAGGCCACUUUUGCCCUCUGUUAGGGAAUGUCAAGGGGAAACCUUUGAAUCAAGAUCUUCUUGUUGCCCGCAAAAGCUUUGCUACUCGCCACGAUUUCAGAGAGGAGGUGAAGAAUCUCUCACUAUUGCGUGCCAGUCUGUCCAAGUGCGAGCGUAUUGUCUUGUCUCUUGCCACGGUCACUAUCGGGCGUAAAUUCAACAUUAUCUUCCCCUGGGCAGAUAUGGAUUUGGAAAUUUUCCUCGACGGGGGCUACAAAAAGUUCGGCAACUUCGGCCUGCAUGACCUAAUGAAAGAGGUAUCCAACCUGGCCUGGGCUCUUUCAUUCUUGCAUGAUGGUCUCCAGCCUCGACAUUUAAAAUGCCACCACAUGGAUUUGAAGCCACCAAAUAUUCUCAUCUUUGCCUCGGACCGAUUCCCCGUGGGAGAGUGGAAAAUCACCGACUUCGGCAUUUCCAUCAUCGAUGAGCCAGAUCGACACCCAAAGACAACGACUGUAUCACAAUUAGUCCAAAACAAAACGUAUCCUCCAUUGAGAGACGAUAUGCAGUACCGCACUAGUACUUACCAGCCUCCCGAGGCGUCUACGGACAGUCUAUUCGGGCGCCGAAGCGAUGUCUGGUCCUUGGGGGGUAUCUUGAUGCGCGUUCUUGCAUUUGGUCUCGGCGGGAUCGAGGAGCUUCAACGCCUAGACGAGCAGAGGGCAUUGAAUGAUGACGGCCUUCCAGGUGGUCUGAAUGACAGGUUCUAUCGAGGAUCUCCGCCCGUCCUGAAUCCUCAUGUAGAGUCAUGGCUUAACGCACUGCCCGGUCGAUAUCCCGAUUACCACCAAGAGUCCCUGGAGAAAUACAAGGAACUCCUAUUCAGAAUGCUUUCCAUCGAGAAACUCACAAGGCCGUUGGCAGGGGACGUAUUUGAAGAGUUGGGUAACAUUUUGAAAAAUGCCCCUCCCGAGCGCAAUGAAGGACCCGCUCGUGUCGGCUCAAUCAUGACAGCCCAGUCAGAUCCCCCAAGCGACCGCGGCAUCGGCAUCACUGCAACGGUCGCAUCCCUCGUCAAUGCGAUCAAGCAAAGGGAUAUUCUCGAGAUCCAGACACUAUUGAAUGGCCACGUCAUGGUCGAAGAAACCCACCACGGGGACAGACCCGUCAUCCACGCAAUCCGGGAAAACUGUCCCGCCGCAAUUCAAAUGCUUCGAGGCUACCAGCGAGACUUAGACCUUGAGACCCCCAGCUUAAAAGGCGAUACACCACUCAAGCUAGCCUCAGAGAUUGGAAGCGUUGUGAUGGUCGAAACCUUGCUUGCUGCCGGGGUAGAUAUAGAUGCCACAUCACAGCAUGGUAUGACAGCGCUGAUGGUUGCUGCCAAAUAUGGGCACGGGGCGACUAUUCAAACGCUCUUGAAUCAUGGGGCUAAUUAUAUGAUGUACUCAAACCAUGGGUACACCUGCGUCCAUUUUGCUGCAAUCAAUCGUCAGGCAGGGGGCGACGUCAUUCGUCCCUUCAUUGACACGCUAGAGACACUCGACAUUCCGGCCGAAGACGACGCCCAAACACCGUUCAUGAUGUUAAUUAAAUUCUAUACUGACACGCCUGACUGGUGGGAGAAAUAUGACAUUCUUCGAGAGGCUAACGCCAACAUUAAUUACGCUGAUGCAGACAAUAUGACACCCCUGUCUCUAGCCGUCAAACAAAACCAGGUGAAGCUUGCGGAGACGCUCAUGAGACAUGGUGCUAGGUAUUGAGAAGAAUUCGAGCAGAUAUGAGUGAUCAGGGCAGCAUUAGGUCAGGGAGGUCAGUACUAUUUGGACUACGACGAUCAUCUCGAGGGAGUUGAUGUGACACGCUUCUGUUUAUAUAUCUCGGG